AUGGUUAUGGCUGCGCACGUAGCUAAGUUUGCGCGCGCAACCUCCUCAUCAUUAGUCCCCCUUGUUCUUGCUUUUGUGUUUUCCAUUGUGGUUACAUCCUUUGGUUCACCAGAUUCCGAUGCUCUUUUAAAGUUCAAGAACCAGCUAGCGAACAACGGGGCUAUUAAUAGCUGGAAUCCCUCUGUGAAACCAUGUGAAUGGGAGAGAUCAAAUUGGGUCGGUGUGCUGUGUUUGAAUGGAAGCAUUCGGGGUUUGCAGCUUGAACAUAUGGCACUCUCCGGCUAUAUUGAUUUGGAUGCACUUGCUCCCUUGCCUUCGUUUAGAACACUAAGCCUUAUGGACAACAAUUUUGAUGGUCCAUUGCCUGAUUUCAGGAAACUAGGGAAGUUGAAAGCGUUGUAUUUGUCAAAUAACCGAUUCUCAGGAGACAUUCCUGACAAAGAAUUUGAAGGCAUGGGUUCAUUAAAGAGACUGUAUCUGGCAAAUAAUCUUCUUACAGGCAAGAUUCCUUCGUCACUUGCUACCUUGUCUAAGUUGAUGGAAUUGAAACUUGAAGGAAACCAAUUUCAAGGCCAAAUACCUAAUUUUCAACGGAAGAGUAUGAAGACAGUAAAUGUAGCCAGCAAUGAAUUGGAGGGUCCAAUCCCAGAAGCCCUAAGCAGAUUGAGUCCACAUUCAUUUGCGGGCAAUAAAGGACUAUGUGGACCCCCGUUAGGGCCAUGCAUACCCUCUCCACCUUCUACCCCCAAAUCCAGUGGGAAGAAAUUUAGCAUUCUAUACAUUGUAAUCAUUAUAUUGAUUGUGCUGCUAAUGCUAGCAGCCAUUGCUUUUGCUUUCCUUUUGUUUUCCCGAAAAAAAUGUAAAGGUCGAAUACAGAGGACAGCAUCAUCACCAGAGGAGAACUCCAACAAAAUGGUGGCUUCUUAUUAUAGAGAUGUACAUCGUGAAUUGUCAGAGACUAGUUCUCAUGCAAAGAAGGCUGAUCAUGGAAAGUUGACAUUCCUGAAGGAUGACAUUGAGAAGUUUGAUAUGCAAGACUUGCUUACAGCCUCAGCAGAAGUUUUGGGGAGUGGUACAUUUGGAUCUUCAUAUAAGGCAGUUGUCGUUGGACAGCCUGUGGUUGUUAAGAGGUAUCGGCAUAUGAGCAAUGUGGGGAGAGAAGAGUUCCAUGAGCACAUGAGAAGGUUAGGGAGGUUGAAACAUCCCAACUUGCUGCCUCUUGCGGCAUAUUACAAUAGGAGGGAUGAGAAGCUUUUGGUUACAGAGUUCGCUGAGAAUGGUAGCCUGGCUAGUCACCUUCAUGGAAAUCAUUCACCGGAAGAAGAUGGACUUCAUUGGCACAUCCGCUUGAAAAUCGUCAAAGGAGUAGCCAGGGGUUUGGCUUUUCUCUACAAUGAGCUUCCUAUAAUUGCUCCUCAUGGACACCUAAAAUCUUCCAACGUGCUCCUAGACGAGUCGUUCGAGCCUCUCUUGACAGAUUAUGCUCUAAGACCCGUGGUCAACCCUGAACAUGCCCACAUGUUCAUGAUGGCUUACAAGUCACCUGAGUAUGCACAACAAAGCCGGACAUCAAACAAGACAGAUAUAUGGAGUUUUGGCAUUUUAAUACUGGAGAUGUUAACUGGCAAGUUCCCUGAGAACUAUCUAACACCAUGUUAUAACAGUGAUGCAGACUUAGCAACUUGGGUUAAUAACAUGGUGAAGGAAAAGCGAACAAGUGAAGUGUUUGAUAAGGAAAUAGUGGGAACAAAAUAUAGCAAGGGAGAAAUGAUAAAGCUUUUGAAGAUUGGAUUAAGUUGCUGUGAAGAGGAUGUAGAGAGAAGGUUGGACAUUAAGGAAGUUGUCGAGAAGAUUGAUGUACUGAAAGAAGGAGACGAAGAUGAAGAACUUUAUGGGAGUGAAGGGAAUGCAUAUAGUGUUAGAGAGAAUGAGCAGGAAGGAUAUUCCUUCACAGUGGAUCGAUGAUUGUCGGAGGAGCAUGAAGUAAAAGGCAUAUAGAACAAUAUCACAAGGGAUGACAGGUUUCCUGACUCCCACACAGUGAAGAACAACAUGAAGAGUGGAGUGAUCUGUUAUGAGGGUUAGCUUUCUCUGUUAACUGUAGAAAAUGUUGUAAAGCAAC